AUGCCGUGGUGUUCUUCUCUCCCUGAGCAACAGCCGCUGACUCGUGAGAAUUCGGUGGAGGGCCAGAGACUGGAUAGACCAACCCCCGGAGAAGCACUCGGAAUAAGUACCACUCUAGCGACGAAACAAAAGGCCAUAAAGAUAAUAAACCCCAUAACAAUGCCCGCGACAGUUCGCAAGUGCGACGCUGCCGUAGAAGGAGCCUGGCAGCAGACAGACCAGCCCGAAAAAGGCACUCCUGAGGGAGCCUUCAGAAGAAGCAGCACCUUCCACACAAGCUACGGCAGGCACGAGACAGCGCAGCUCGAGGAAGACUCGCAGCGAUGUCACUUCUGGUUCAAGCCCGAUGAAGAAGAAGCAGUCCUUGAUGCCUCCACAGAAGGCCCCCCCCCCGGAUCAGCGAAAGCAGACGACGUAGAAGUGCAAAUCGAAACAGCAGCAGCAGCAGCAGCAGCAGCAGCCAGCAGUGACACUGGACUACCCAGCGAAAGGCCUCCUGCCUCCGCCUUCCUCCCUAGAGAAGAUCGCACAAAAGAAAGGGUAGUUCCCGUCUUCUUAGAAGACACCAACCACGCAACUGAUGAAGCAACACGUCCUGAAGUCUAUGGGAACCUCCAGGUCUUGGUGGACAUCGAUGAUACGGUUCGCUCUAGUGGGGGAAUUACGUUUCUCUCCGUAAAUCUUGGUGGCGUGGACACCCAGUAUGCUCGUGGGCAUUUCUAUCCAGGAUGUUUCCAGUUUCUCUUCGAGCUGGCGAAUGCGCAGUGCAUCCCGCCGCAGCGGCCGCUCUCCCUUGCAGUCCUUACGGCUCGAAUUCCACAGAUACCCAUCACAGAAGACAACCCGAUCAACGAAAAGCUGAGGCUAACAGCCCUGAGACGCGGUGUUCGUGACUGGGGGAUCGACUGUAACUCUAAAACCUUUGUGAAGGCUGCGCGGAGAGCGUUUGAUUUGGGGUUGAUGGGCAAGAAGGAACUGGCGAGGGUGGUUGUGCAGGCAGUGCACGAGCUGGAGGAGCUGCGAGCACCCUCCAUUUCCACCAAGUGGAGGGACCUUAUCUUCGAUAUACGGGAUGCGGAGCAGGUGCUGCCCCUCAAGUCUGCCACCAGCGCUCCCCUCGUCAGAACGCGUGAAAUCCUCGGGAAGAAGGUUGCAGAUAUAAAGGCGGCCAUAGCAGAGCUCAAGCGGCACAGUGCUACACCUGCAGUCCGACCUGCUACAGAGGGCACGGCACAGACGGCUGCAACCAAUUCCAGUGCAGCGAGAGCAGGAACGGUGGAGGCGGAGGCGCCUCCAGGAAACACCCCACAGCCAGAACAAAAGCUGCAGCAGCAGCAAAAACAACAGCAGCAGCAGAAACAGCAGCAGCAGCGGAUGCAGCAGAAACAACAACAGCAGCAGCAGAAACAACAUCAGCAGCAGCAGCAGUCUGAUUUUCUGAGGCCCCCUUCGGCAGCAAGACGCAGCACGCAGUCUCAGGGGUUCUCAGGGGUGUGCGCAGUUGGAGUCGCUGUCGAUGUCUCGGCACCGCGUGGCGAUUCAGAAGACGAUGAGGGCACUUUUCCCUGGCCUGUGCAGCAGCAGCUCACAGCAGCGGCGGGGAGGCGGCAGACGGGAGCAGACGCACAGGGAGUGGAGCUGCUAGAUUUGACCCCCCUGCACAGCAGCCACCCUGAAAGCAGCGAAAGGAGGAGCAGCAGCAGCAGCGCGGACUGCAAGACCGCAGCAGCGGCGGAGCAGCAGCAGCAGAAACAACAACAGCAGCCUUUCCGCGAGGAAGAGAACCUGCUACACUGGGGAGACACAAGCCCGUCAGAAGGGGGGAGCCACCAAGCUGCCUUUACAGCCGAAGACAACGCUGCAUCGCCGGCAAGUGCAAGCGAGGACGCUGACGCAACGGCAGCAGGCACAGCAGCGCACGACGCAGGAAAGCGUCCCUACAGCCCGUGGGAACUUCUAGCGGCCACCAGUCACCAAUCGGCUGACGCUACAGACAAGCGCAGCAGCUCGGACUGUUGUGCAGACACUCAGGGUGGGGGCGUUUCGUGCUCUGUAGGUCCCCAGUUGCAGAAAAACGCAAUUCAGGGAGUUGCCAGGAACGUCAGUGUAAACCCCCCCGACCUUCUUACUGGGGACGACUGA